CGUCAGUGGUUGCCAGAUGCUGCCUUGGUGGUGACGGGCAGCAGCCUCUGCCCCUUCCCCCUUCGCUGGCGAGAUGUGGCCCCUGUUGGUGCUGCUGCUGCUGGGCUUGGCGAGCUGCGGUUCAGCUCAGUUAUUAUUUGCUACAAUCAAAUCUGUAGAAUAUACCAAUGACAAUAAAACUAUUCUCAUCCCAUGCUUAGUCACUAAUGGGGGGGCACAGAGCCUUAGAGAAUUGUUUGUAAAGUGGAAAUUUGGAAACAAAGACAUUUUCUUCUAUGAUGGAGAUAAAAAUGAAUCCAGCCCCAACAGUGACUUUUCGAGUGCAUACAUCAUACCAAACGCACUACUAACAGGCAAUGCCUCUUUGAUGAUGGACAAGAGACAUGCUGUCCCAGGAAACUACACUUGCGAAGUAACAGAAUUAACUAGAGAAGGCGAAACCACCAUAGAACUAAAAUAUGUUGGUAAGAAUUUUAUUACCUUCCUUUUCAUUUGUCCUGCAGUAGCCUAA